AUGAAUAGUGUAGACGUUUUAAAUUUGUUAGUAAACUUUAGUAAUAGUAAUAAUAUUAAAGAAUAUGAUGAUGAGUUAACUAGAAAUUUUUUUUCACAUAUUAUGUUAUUAUUAAUUAAAGAUGAAGAUAAAUAUGAAUUGUGUAAAGAUGUAAACAAUUAUCUUUUUGAUGAAGUCAUAAAAAAGGAAGAAGAAUAUAAAGGAGAUAUAAAAAAUGUAAAAAUGAACGAUGGGGGAAAAAAAAAAAAAAAGUGUGAUAAAAAGAAUGAUGGAAAAUACGGAAAUAACUUAGAAAUUAUAAUAUUGUUUAUAGAUUGUUUAUUUAAAAAAUGUUGGAACGAAUCAUUUUACAAUAAUAAUAAUAAUAAUAAUAAUAAUAUAGAUAUAUCAUGGGUAUAUAAGUUAUUACAAUUAAAAGAUGGAGAAAAAAAUAAAUAUUCUCGUAUUUUGUUGAAUUUAUUAAAAAAUAUAUUAAUAAAGAUACAAGAAGAAAUUCCGGAUUUCUCAAUUAUCAUCUUUUUAUUAAAACAUAUACAAAUAAAAAUACAAAAUCAUAUAAAAGAAAAUCAAGAUAAAAAUAUGUAUCUUUUUUAUGAAAAAUGCAAGAAUAAACUUACUGAAUUAUCAUCAAAAGGUUUAUACAUGUAUUCUUUUAAACAUUUAUUAGAUAACAUCUAUGUUAAAAAUGAACUCUCUGAAUGUAAUGAAUAUGAAAAAAAAAAUAUUAUAUACAAUAAAAAUAAUGAUGAUAAUAAUAAUAACAACAACAAUAAUAAAAAUAAUGAUGAUAAUAAUAAUAACAACAACAAGAACAAUAAUAAUAAUAAUUAUUAUUAUUAUUUUCCAUAUAAUAUAUCUGGUGCUCAUAAUAUAAACCAUAAUAAUUCUGAAGGUAUAAACAAUAUAAUACCUACAAGUAAAGAAAAAACAUAUAAGAACCUUUUAAGCACAUUCAAUUUAAACUUUGAACAUUUGUGUGCAUUGUUUGUUUUAUAUUUAGAAGAGGUAAAAGGUAACAACAAUUAUAAGAUGUCAACAUUUACAAAUGAAGUCGUUGGUUUAUUGAAAGAUGAGAUGUCAAAAGAACAUAAUAUAAAUAUUGAUUAUGAUGAUGAGUUUAUAAUUAUGGAAUUAAUUAAUUAUAUUUUAUAUCAUAUAAUUUUGAUUAAUGAUAAAGACAUGAGAAAUAUUUUAAUCAAAGAUUUUUGUUUUGCUGUAAAAGAAUAUAUAUAUCCUACACAUAUAUUUACAAAUGUAUGUUUAAAUAUAAUUGAUUUAAUGUAUUUUUUUCUUACGAAUGAUAUUUCAAAAAAGAAUAUAGUUAAUGGUAAUAUUCCUAUUAUUAAAACGGACAAGAUUCGAAAUGGGAAUCAUAAGAAUAUUACUAAUAAUGUAGAUAUGAAAAAAGAUGAUACUGUUGAGGAAACGAUUCAAAGUAAUGAGAAAAAGAAGGCAUUUAUUCUAUAUAAUAAGGAGAAUGAUUGUAUUUUAGAUAUAUAUUAUAAAUAUAUGAUAAAUAUGUAUAAUACAGAUAUAAAUAUAGAUGAAUAUUUAUUAAACGAUAUAUACAAUUUUAUUAUUUUAUAUAUAGAUUAUAUAUAUAAUGAAGAAUUUGUUAAAAAUGGUUAUAUAGAUGAUAUAAGAUAUUAUUUUUUAUUAUUUAAUAAAGGAUAUAUGGAUGAAAAUGUUUUAAAAAAGUUGUUAUAUAUUUUUAAUACACUUAUAAAUAUAUGUCGUAAAACAACCACACAAAAUGAAAAUAAUGAAAUGUCCCAUUUUAUAAAGGUAUGGGAACAUUUUGAAUGUAUUGUUAGAUGUAUUGAAAACUUUUCUGUACAUCUUUUAAAAAGCAAUUGGUUUAAAAUAGUAGAGCUUAUAAAUAUUGUGAGUUCUAUAAAAGUUAUGUAUGAACAAAAAUAUGAAGAUGAUAAGAAUCUUUUUGAUGUAUAUGAUGAAUAUAAUAAUGAUACAUACAUACAUAUGAACCAUUUUGGAAAAAACAUAGAAAAAGAUAUAGAUAAUAAUUAUAUAAAUACAAUACAUAACAAGGAGAAAAUUUUAUUUUUUGAUUAUUUAGAUUUUUAUAUUUUUCAAACAUGUGUUAAACGUAGUUAUAAUAAAAUGAGGAAUACAUAUAUGAUGAAAGAUAAAAAUAGGAGAAAAGAACAAAAUGAUUUAUCAUCUGAAAUAAAUUUUGUUAUAUAUAUAGAUUAUAUAAUAUUAAAAUUAAAUGAAUAUUUAAUUUGGUUAUUAAUCUUACAUAAAAAUGAUUCUGUUAUACGAUAUUCAUUAUGUGGAUUACUAGAUUAUGAAAAUAAAAAAAAUCUAGAAAUAUCAAAAAUCCUUUCUAAUGAAACCAAUACAAUUAAAUAUACAGAUAAUCCAUUAUUAUGUAAUGACAUAAAUGAAUCUGAUGAAAAAAAUAAAAUACAUAUAUUAACUUUUAUAAAUAGUAUAUGUGAUCAUUUCUUAUUUAAUAUAUUUUUUAUUCAUAUUGUUAAACCUACAUUAUUUAUUAAAGGCGAUAUGUUAUAUUACGAAUCAAGGAUAAAAAAUUUCAUAAUGUCCAAAAUAUUAUAUAAACAAAAGUAUACUUAUAAUUAUUUAUUUAAGUUUAUUAUAUCUUUAGGUAAUAUAAAUUACUUUUAUAUGAACCUCAGAAUAAUUCUAGAGACAUUACUUCAAUCAAUAAAUAUACACAACAAUAAUAAUAAUAAUAAGGAGAAUAAGGAGAAUAAGAAGAACAAUAUAUAUCAUCAUACAUUCAAUAAUAUAUUUACCUUUUAUAAUAUGAUUAUUAUGAAUAACGAAAAUGCACAAACAUAUCAAAAUUAUUUGUAUAAAUUAAAUAAAGAAAAUAUAAACAAAAAUUAUUUUAACAAACUUUAUUAUCCAUAUAAUAUAUAUUAUAAUCAAAAUAUUCAUAGCAUUAUUAUUAAUAUUAUAAAAAAUGUAAAGAAUAUUUCCUUUAGUAGAAGAAAUAAUAUACUUUUUAUAAUUUUAGAAAUUAUUAUAAAAAUGAAUGACGUAUUAAAUAUUUUUAAAAAUAUUAAAAAUUAUUGUAUCUUCUUAAAUUUAUUUGAAGAUUCCUUUUUUAUAGAACAUUUAAAAAUUUUUCAAGAUAUUUUGAGUAUUAAUCAGAAUCAUUUUUUAAAAGAUAUUCUUAGACAAAAAGAACAAAAAAAUCAAAUGAAUAAUGAUAUAAUAAAUAAAACAUAUAAUAUAUAUAAUAAUGGGCAUACGGUCCAAUGUAAUGAUGUGAUAAUGCAUCAAGAGACCAGUGCUAAAAUUACAAAAUUUUUGUUUAUUGAAAAUAGGAAAAAAGAAUUAUUAAAUCAUUUUAUAGAUUUAUUGAAUGAGCAUAUAUAUUAUAAUAAAUAUAUACAUUAUUAUGGAUAUCUACGAUUAUUUCAUUUAAUGUUGGUAAAUGAAGGACAGGAUAAUAAAUCAGAACUAAGAGAAGGAAUACACCUUGUAGAGUAUUAUAAUGAAGGAUGUAAUAUGAAAAGUAACAAUAAUGAGAAUGAUAAGGAGAAUGACAAGGAGAAUGAUAAGGAGAAUAAUAAGGAGAAUAAUAAGGAGAAUGAUAAGGAGAAUAAUAAGGAGAAUAAUAAGGAGAAUAAUAAUAAUAAUAAUCAUCAUCAUCAUCAUAAUAAUCAUCAUUAUCAUAAUAAUCAUCAUCAUCAUAAUAAUCAUAAUAACCAUAAUGAUGAUGAUAACCAUUUUACUGGUUUGAUAUCCAUUCUAAUUUGUUAUAUUAUAAAAAAUAAUUUACUUUAUUAUUUCAAUAAAUCAUGUGUCGUUAAAAUAAUACAUAACAAUAUAAAAAAAUUGAAAGAUAUCAUUAUUGAGAAUAAUUUAAUAUUUAAUGAAGAUAUAGAUACACACAACAAUAAUAAUAAUGAUAAUAAUAUAACAUAUUGUUACAAGUUUUAUAAAUAUAUAGAAUCUCUUUUCUUAUAUAUGGAUACUUUGGAAUAUAUAAAUAUAAAUGAACAAUAUAUACUUUCUCAAAACCUAAUUGAUUAUUAUAAUAGUGAUUAUCCCCAUAAACAACAUAGAACUUACAGGAAUGCCGAUAUAUAUGUAAAGAAUAAGACGAAUCAUAUUGUAUAUAAUGAUGAUGAUGAUAACAAUUAUUUUUUAGUUAAUAAUAAAGUAUUAACUUACUCAUCAGCAGAUCUAGAAAAACAGAAAUGGUAUUGUUGUUUUUUUAAUGAUGUUAAAGAAUUAUAUGAUACAUGUUGUGCUUAUUUGUUACUUACAAGAAAUAAAGAUAUCACAAAAUAUAAUAAUAAUAAUAAAAAUAAAAAUGAUUGUGAUAAAAAUGAUUGUGAUAAAAACGAUUGUGAUAAAAACGAUUGUGAUAAAAACGAUUGUGAUAAUAUUAAAUUAUUAUUAGUUUUGUCGUUUUUAUCAAAUAUAUAUAAUAUAUAUAACCCAGGAAAAUGGGAUAAAGAAUUAAAUUUUAAAAUACAAGAGUUAUCAUUAAAAAGGUUACAUAAUAUAAAAUUUAUACAUUCAAAUAAAUAUUCUUUACAUAAUUAUUAUGACAAAUUUAAUUAUUAUAAAUACAAAUAUUUUUAUAAUUGUUUCUUUUGUUGUGGUUCCUAUAUAUUAUUAAAUGAAGAGGAACUGUUUAUGUUUUGUGAAAAAAUAAUAAAUGAUAUUGAAAUAUGUAAAGAUGAAUUAGUGUAUAUAUAUUUGAUUAUUAAAAAUUAUAUGAUACCAUAUAUAUAUACUAAAUCUAAUGAUAAUAUGAAUACAUCUAUAUAUAAUAUAAAGCAAAUGAACGAAAAGAAAAGGAUCCUUUUUAAAUUGUUCUUUAAACAAAGUGUUAUAUUAAUCGACAGAUUUUCUGUUUGUAAAUAUCCUAUUCAUUUGUUAGAAUUAAUAUUUUUAACUUUAUUUCAUCCGUUAUUAAUACGAUUUGAGAUAAAUAAUUUUAUUGACAAGCCAAAUUACGAUUCACAUAUUUACAACAUAAGAGAAAACAAAAAAGAAGAUAUAUAUAAUACAAAAAAUGGAAUAAUAUGUACUAAGGGAAAUUUUAAAAAGGACCAAGAGAGCAUAUGGAAUGAUAAAUAUUGUCCUGAUGAAAGAUAUCAGACGUAUUGUAGCAAUAUUAAAAAAGAAAAAUAUACACAUGGUGAUAAAAAAAAUAAAAAAAAUAAUGAUAAUCAUAAUGAUAAUAAUAAUGAUAAUCAUAAUGAUAAUCAUAAUGAUAAUCAUAAUGAUAAUAAUAAUGAUAAUCAUAAUGAUAAUAGUUAUGAUAAUCAUAACAUGUAUAAUGAUGACACGUACUUGUUAUUAAAUUAUGUACGUAAAAUUUUAGAGAACGGGAAAACAAAACUUUCGAUAACAAGAAAUAUUGUAAUACCCAUGUUAACUUCAUUCUUUUAUAAUUUAAUUAAUUAUGAUGAUAUAAUAUAUAUUAAAAAAGAAUAUUUAAAUAAUUUUAUACAACUUAUUGUGGAUAUUUUAAUGUAUAAAGAAUACGUUUUAUUAGAUGGGAAAAAAAAUUUUACAAAUGAAUCAUUUAAAAUAAGAAAAAAUAAUAAUUUACUUUUAAAUAAUUUUAUAAAUGAAAAUAUUUGUAAUUAUCUUAUAAACAAAUUAGAAACGAACGAAGAAAUAUGGUUUCCUCCUGAACUAUAUGAAAUCCAUCAUACUCCUAUAUUUUUAAGAAUAUUAACAUUAAUAUUUUUAAUUAAUUUAUUUAAUAUUUUAGAUUGCACAUAUCUUUCAUCUAUAAAGUUAUGUACCACAAGAGAAGACAAAUAUGAAAAACCUUCUUAUAAUAAAAAAAAAAAAAUCAUCUUAUAUAUUUAUGAAACAUUAAUUAUUUAUAUUUUAAAAAAAAUUGAUAACAAAAAUAUUUAUUAUAUGAAUAACAAAAGUCUUAAUAUAAUAAAUAGUUCUAAUGAUAAUAAAAGUUUUUUUAAUAUACAACAAAAUAAUGAAAAAGAAAAAAUACCUCCUUUACCAUCUUCACAUGGACAUAAUAUUCAACUCAGAGGCUUACAAGCUUUAUGUAUGUUAAGUAAAUAUUUUAAACAUUUAAAAAAAAAAAAAAGAAAAGAAAUUAUUUCUUAUAUUAAUAUUAUACUUAUCUAUGAUCAUUUAAAUAAUACUCGUCAAUAUUUAGAAUAUUUCUGUUUAGCCAUUAGUCAUUCUUCUUUUGUUUUGAUGUAUCCAUAUUUGAUCAAAUAUUUAUCACAUGAUAGUGUAAAUAAUCAACUUACCAUAACAUCACUAAUUAUAUGCGCUUACUUAUUUUUAAAAUCGAAAUUUUCUUAUUAUUCUUUUGAAGAAUUAUAUAUUAAUUCUUAUGCACAAAUUUGUUGUACAAAGGAAAAACAAAAAAAAAGUUUUUUAACAAAAAAUGGAUCCAUCCUAAAUAAAAAAGAAAGUAAAUUAAAGAGAAGAGCACAAGGGAAGAAAGUAAAACAUAUUAUUAAUGAGCUUGUGAAAAAAAACAAAAACGAUGUCAAUGGAAUUGUUCAAGGUGUGAAGAAAAUCAAAAAUAUAAGCACACAUAAAAAUGAUCAAAACAGUUAUAAUGAUUAUGUUAUAAAUAAUAAUAUUGUACAUAAUUUUGAUAAUAAAAAAGAUGAUAAUAGAAAAUAUGAUAAUAUAAAAUAUGAUAAUAUAAAAGAUGAUAAUAAAAAAUAUGAUAAUAAAAAAGAUGAUAAUAUAAAAUAUGAUAAUAUAAAAUAUGAUAAUAAAAAAUAUGAUAAUAAAAAAGAUGAUAAUAUAAAAUAUGAUAAUAAAAAAUAUGAUAAUAAAAAAGAUGAUAAUAAAAAAUAUGAUAAUAAAAAAGGUAAAGACCAUAAUUAUAAUAUGAUUAAGGUUGAAAUGGUGAGAAGAAAUGGUUCUUUUAAAAAUAAUGAUUUAAAAAUAAAUGAAGACAAAAAUAAUAACAUAUGUAAUAUUUGUAAUGAGAAAAAGGAAAGAAGAAAAGAAAAUAUACAAAAUGAUUACUUUUAUUCUGAAUAUAUAUUUAAGUGUUUAUUAAAAUUAUUAUAUAGUAUUGUUUCUUUAUGUUCAUCUCAUUCAGCUAUUAUAAGAAGUAUGGCACAAUUUAUUUUAUAUAAAUUUAUUAAAAUAAAAGGUACUUCUUAUUUAAAUCCUUUCUUUUCAUCUCUUUUUUCAUAUAUUAAAUAUAAUAAGGAUUGUAAAAGAAUAAGGAAAAAAAUUAAAAAUCAAUUUAAUUAUUGGAACGUAAACUUUUUUGAUAAUAUACGUUUCUUAUUACCUACGGAAAAUUAUUCAUAUAACCAUUUUGAUGAAGAUAGAAAUUAUAAUAAUGUAAAUACAUUUGCUCAUGUUCUGUAUAAUAACGAACUUGUAAUGUCAUACACUUUUAUAGACAAAUUUAAACAAAUCGUUCAACAGGAAAUGUCCUUAAUGAUCUUUAAUAUUGAUUUAGAAAAAGAGAAACAAACAGCUAAAAAUUACAAAGUGAAGAGUGAACAGAAUGUCUCGCUAAAUAUGAUUAAUCGUAUAUAUGAACACAACAUCAGGACACAUAUGGAAAGGGCACAUGACAAAGAGGGAUCUUCUAAAAGUAUGUACUCUGAUGGUAUAGAAGAAACGUUUAUGAGUUAUGAUAAUAGUGUUGAUAAAAAAAGUGACGGUGUUAACAAAAAGAGUGACGGUGUUAAUAAAAAGAGUGACGGUGUUAACAAAAAGAGUGACGGUGUUAAUAAAAAAAGUGAUGAUGCUAAUAACAAAAGUGAUGAUGCUAAUAACAAAAGUGAUGAUGCUAAUAACAAAAGUGAUGAUGCUAAUAACAAAAGUGAUGAUGCUAAUAACAAAAGUGAUGAUGUUAAUAAAAAGAGUAACAUUGCUGAUGAAGAUAUACGAAUUAAUUGUAAUGAAGGAAAUAAAAAGAAUAUAACAAACAUGUCAAGUGAAAUAAAUGAUGAUAUAAUUAUAUUAGAAAAAAAUAAGAAUAAUUAUCAGAAGAAAUUUGAUCCAAUUUCCAAUAUUAUAGAAAUACAUAAUGAGUUUAGAAAAAAUUAUUUAAAUAAAAAAAAAAAAAACGAUUUAAUAGUUAUAGCAUCUUUAAUCGAUAAAUUACCAAACCUUGCUGGUUUAUGUAGAACAUGUGAAAUAUUUAAUGUCAAGAAAUUAUUUAUAGAUAAUAUAAAUAUUAUUAAAGAUUAUCAAUUUCAAAAAAUAUCAUCAACUGCUAAUAAGUGGAUGAAUAUUAAAGAACUCAAAAAAAGUAAUAUCAUUAAUUAUAUAAUAAAAAAAAAAAAAAAAUAUUCUAUCAUAGGUUUGGAACAAACUCAUAAUAGUCAGAAAUUGAAUCAUUUCGUUUUUCCUAAAAAAUGUAUUCUCAUCUUGGGAGAUGAAAAAGAAGGAUUGCCUUCUUCUAUUCUUAUGUUCUUACAUCAUUGUAUAGAGAUACCUGGCCAAGGAAUUAUUAGAUCCUUGAAUGUUCAUGUUUCAGCAGCCAUCACUAUUUACGAGUAUUUCAAGCAGCAACUAUAA